UCGGCAGUUUCAUCCUGCUAAUCACACAUUCUACAGAGCGGAUCCUGAAGGAUGCCGACUUUGUGAACAUGCUUCCUCAGGUGACAAGGUCCUGUGAUCAAACCUAUGACCCGAGAAGACAUUGAUCUAUUGAGUGAGAGAAGGUCAGAUGACACUCUGGAGGAAGGCAACUGUAGUACCAUUCUGCUCAUUCUCAUGCCCGGAUGCAACCUCCACCUUCUCUCAUGUUCUGCGCGAACCCUUCCCAUAAUUUCAGUUAAUUGAUUCAGUGUAGUCUGUCGCUUCAAAGUUAAAGGUAGGAGUGAUAUAUUUUUUGAUUGUUUUACCUUUUGAUAGCCUGUCUGGCUCUUAACACUCUUAUUUCUUGUUCUCUAAUGUUUGGCGUCAGUAUGUUCUCAAGGUGAGCAAAUAAUGAAUUUUGAAAGUUCAUUUACUGGGAGUAUAACUUUCUUAAGGUCGUCAGUCAAGUAUUGAGAUAUUUCUAGUGCUCUAUACACAUCAAUAGCACCUUUCUACUUGCUGAACUUUAUUUCAAACCAAACUGGCAUACAGCAUUUUAAAAUCAAUGUAACUAUUUCUUUUAAUGGAUCAUAGAAGCUCUCCGUGCUCAUGUGAAAUUGAAGAACUCCUAUCUGCUCAAAUGAGUUCAAAAACUUGUAUGGCAGGUGAAAUCGGGUUAAGAUCAAAAAGAUAUCAUAGGUCUUUGCUCAAGAGUUGUUUUAACUCUUCUAGAAUUUUGAAAUAGAUUGUUUGAAAAUCAUAAGAUUUCUCCUAAUGAAGGAUUUUGGGACAAUUGUUUACUCAUCCAAAUGACUAGAGACAUGCCAGAAAGGUAAUUCAAUGAAAUGAAGAAACAAAUAGUCCACUGUAGUAGUCAUCCAAGAUGCAGCUCAAGCUCUAAUAUGUGUUAUUUGACAGUGUGUUAUUGCACAGUAAGGCGAAGGCGAACCUCGUAAUGAAUUGCAGCCAACUGCUCAACUGAAUUGUGUGUUGUUUAAAAAUACGUUAUAAGCUCAAUGAAUUCGAGUUUCAAUUAAUCAUUUACCUGAUGAUUACAGAUUGGUCUAAGAGAGAUAAUUAUUUAUAUAAUUUAAAAAAAUCGACUAAAUUUGGAGUUCUUAUAAAAUUUUGUUGGGCUUCUCCGUCAAACAAUAAUUUUUAAAUGUGUAAAUAUUGUUUAUUUUAUCAAACAGUAAAAGUUGUGAGUAAUUUUUACUAUUGGAAUACAUAAAUAUAGCCUAAACAUAAAUCUUAAAAUUAACGAAAACCCAAUUUUGGCACGCGCUUACAAUCAGCUGUAUAAAACCCAGAAAGAUAAGUAUGCAGAGGAUGGGUUUUCUUUCAUGAACUACUAACAAUGAUACAAAAUACUUAACUUUAAUAUUUUUAGAUGAAACCCUUGUUGGUGUACAUGUGGAACAUUUUCAUAGUGCAUGAAAAGGGUUUAUGAAAGUCUAAAAAUAUCUAAAGAAUGGCUUCAGAAAUUUUAGAAAGUUUAGAAACAAAAUUUGGUAAACUUCCAAAAGAAAUUGAAGAAAAUGUGAAGAACUUUAAUUACAACAAUGCAAAUGAUGAAUACACUUGUAUUCCAUGUAAUAAGGUAAUUAAAAAACUUUAUAAUAAAACCUCUUCAACUUCCAUAACAGAUUUCGAGGGGCAUUUAUCGUCUAAAGAACACAAAGAAAACAUAGUUCCAAUGAGUGUACUUAUAGACUGUCUCAUGGAAACAUUUUCAGGAGAAAUCCCACAAAUUGUCCUCAACCAUAUUCUGGUUUUAACCAUGGAUGACUUUUACUACAUCUGUACAAUCUGUAAGAAAAUGAUUGGAGUGAGUAACGAUUCUUCAAUUACAGAGACAAAUUUUUCCUAUCACUUGUUGUCUGUGGCUCACACAAAAAAUAUGAAAUUAUUCCAUGCAAUUUUAAGCCAGCUACAAAAUAUUUAUGGUAGUAUUCCACCAGUAGUACUAAACAAUAGUAGUUUUCUUCAAAUUUUUGAAGGUGACAAUAAAUAUCUAUGCUCUAUUUGUGAUGAAACUUUAUCUGUAAAUCCGUCUGAUAUUAAUAAAUCCAUUGAGAGUUUUGAGAAUCAUUUUUAUUCCUUAGAGCAUAUAAAUAAUGUAAAAAUUAAUAAAAUACUUUCCUUGAUUCCUUCGCUGGAAAAUUCUUUGCACUUUCCUAGUUAUUUGAUUACAAGUAUUGAGUAUUUCAGUAAAAACGAUACAUACCUUUUUUGUGUAUUGUGCAAUGAAAAUGUGAAGUGCAGUUUGGAUACUUAUGAGACGGAGCAAAAUUUCAAAGCCCACAUUUUGUCCGAGUUUCACCAACAAAAUCUAAAAUUCAGAAGAGAUCCAAGUAAUGAAGUUUUCAUUGAACUUUUGAAAGUUUUUGAGACUUUACCUAGCAUUGUUGUGGAAAACUUGGCUUAUUUUACACUAUAUAAAAGAAACCUUACCUGCAGGAUCUGUGAGGAGUUCAUAAUUGAAGAAAGAGACAGUGAAAAGACUCUGAAGAAUAUAAUUAGCCACCUGAAAUCUGAUUGGCACGAUAAUAAUGUCACUGAAGAAAAACGGAGACAGCAGAUGACUGUUCAUAGUUUGAAGAAUUUAUUUGGAAGUGUACCAAAAUCUAUUCAAGACAAUAUUGAUCAUGUAAAAUUCUUGGAAAACACAAAUGACUUUGAAUGUCUAUUAUGCAAUAUAGUUGUAGACUCAAAAAAGGGAAAGAAAGUCAAACCUCGGAAUGUUGCGUGUAGUUUAGAAAAUAAUUCUGAAAUACAUUUCAAAAGUAAUAAACAUCUAGAACAAGAGCAAAAUCUGGACCGUCUUUCUGAAUCAAUAAGAUCUGAUCUAGUGGAGAUUUUCUGUUCAAUUCCACAUUUUGUGGUGAUUAACUGGGACUGUAUUGAUUACGAUGUGUCCGAAGAGCAUUUCAAUUGUGCAUUAUGUGACACCAGGAUCAUAGUCGAUAAUGGCGACAAGAUGGACAUGGUGACAUCACAGAAUUUUAGAACUCAUUUCUUCUCUGCAGAACAUUUGUCCGCUGUGAAGAAAAAAGCCAACGAGAAACAAGAAACUGUUGACAAAUUUGACACAAUAUUUGGCAGAGUUCCAUCCUAUAUCCUGAGCAACAUUGAUCACAUAGUGGAGAUAAAAGGUGAGUUUUAUUGUAAACCAUGUGAUACAAAAUUUGAUGUACUUUCUGCUCCAGGAAAUAUUGAACAUUGUUUUUACGAGCAUUUGAGUGGGACUCGUCAUAAAUCAUAUGUGAUGAAAUAUGAAGUCUCUCAUGAUGCAGCAUUGGAACGCUUGGGUACGAGUUUCUCCAAGAUUCCCGAGUUCCUUUUGAGGAACAUUUAUCAUCUUUGCUUGUACAAAAACGUACUGUUUUGUCUGGUGUGCCAGAAAUUGCUACCCAUUGACGGACAAGAUGUGGAAAGCUCAAAACGAUUUCUUCGAUGCCACAUGGAUUCUGAACAACACAAAGGUAAUGUGAAAUUUGUUUAAAACACUUAUAUUAAACUGCUCUGUGAAACAGGAAUUAAAUAUACAUUUAACAUGAAAUGUUUGUAAUGUGCAGUUUAUACUUAACGAUUUUUGGGUUUUAUUCAUAAAUAAACUGAAUGAUAGCUGUAAAGUAAAAUAGAUAUUAACUUUUUGAAUAUGCUAUUUAAAUAUGAACAAAAUGUGUGUCAAUAUUAAAAAAAAUAAUUUUAGUAUUACAUUUUGUCUAUUAUUAUUUACUGUUAUACAUUUAACUUUUAUGUAAUUUAUUAUAAUAUAAUUAUUAAACAAGUAUUUAUGACAGUUUUUAUUUGUCAAAACUUAAUUUUACGCAGAUGAUUCUGGUUGUUUCCAAUUGGCAAGAAUUGCCAAUGAUAAAGUGCCUACAUAUACAUGAAACUACAUUGGAACGGACUUUGUUUUAGUUACAAAGCUAAUCAACAACCUUUGUUCAAUUAUAAUAAUUUACUUUAUUAAUGGUGCAUAAUAAAUAUAAGUACAUUAGUGCGAAACUGUUAUAGUGAUAUAACUAUAAGGUAGUAAUUGCAACAUUAUGGUAACAAUAAAGAAAGAUUGUGACUGAAACAUUAUGAUAAAAAAUAGUAUAAAUAUCAAUUAUAAUAUUAAAAUUCAAUUCGUGUACAGUAGAGUAUGCUUAGUCAACAUAUAUAUAUAUAUAUAUAUAUAUAUAUAUAUAUAUAUAUAUAUACGGUAUAUAUAUAUAUAUAUAUACAUACACACAUUUAUGAUACAAAAUCCACACUAGGGUGUGCACUGCAAAGAAAAUUUGUAUAAGUGUGUUUAAUUUUUGCUUUCCUUACUUAUUUAUACAUUUAUUAUUAGUUUUAUUCUUUGUAAAGGGUAAACCUUUAAGAAGCGAGUUUACUUUCCAACAAGUUAUUAUGUUAGAUUUUUGUAAAAAAUAGUAUUUAAAGUAUAAAUUUGUGUUUACCUAUGUUUCUUUUGAAAUAAACAGUUUCUUUUGUA